AACAGUAUACCGUUUCGAACAAGAGUUAGUUUUUGGAAAAAAAAUGAGCGAGUCUUUUCCUUGAUACCUUAUCAAAUAACGAAGAAUAUCGGAUGAAAUAAUUCGACUGGUUUCGACCAGCCAACUCGAAUACAAAUCUUCCGUGAAUCCUUUCGAGAUCCUAGGUUUCUAGCGCGGGAAGCCGAGAACUCGAAAAAACUAAUUGCAUUCCGAUGUAGCUCGUUUACCAUCGGAGCCAAGUAACGCGCCAUCAUCGUGGCCAGCGCGAACCUUUUGUCAUCCGCUAACUUCCUAGAUUGUAAUUUUCCCCGUAGAUUAACUUUCCACGGAUCCACUUCCUUUUUCCGUGAAACUUUCCUCCCAAUCAUUAGCACGGAACUCCCCUCACGGAAUGAGACGGACAUUACACUUUACCGAAUACCUUUGUCCCUUAUCUCUCUCUCUCUCUUCGAAAUUAAAAUUGGAAUCGUCCAACGUUAUCCUUUCUCUCUCCUUUUAUCUCUCCCCUUUUCCUUACGUUAAUAUCGCUCUCAUCGAUGUUUAAACCUGGGAUUCGCCCCUUUUCAUAAAACGAUAAAACCCGCCGGCUUCGAAACUCGCCACUUCCCUCGACGGAAAUUAAUCGAGUCGAAAACUUUACCGAUACAUCCACGAAGAUGGGCUCGAGAGAAGAUAGAUCAACGUCAAAACGUACACACCGAUCGAGUGAAUCGAGGAGAAAAAACGAGGAGGGUGGGAAAGAAGCAGCCGCAAGAGGAGGCACCCUUAACUCGAUUAACCAUGGAGCCGGCAUCCAGCAAUGAGAAUAAUUAUCGCGAGCGAUCGAUCAAUCGUUUCGGAGGGCAUUGGAUUAAAGCGCUAUUAAACGGCUCCAAUCGAUCGGAUCCGAUUGUUUUCGAACCGAUUCCCUCUUCCUACACGCGACCAAGAUCGAUUACUUCGAAGAUCCAUUCUUCGUAGAGGAACGUUGUUGAACAGAGGGAAAUGUCAUCUUGUCGACGAUUUCUGUGACCGGCUACAAAACUAAUUUCAUUCGGUGGAUUUUUAUAAUGGCUCGCUCCUCUGUCAGCGCGCCGCCAAUCGGACAGGUUCGGUGAAGGAGCCUUAACCUUUCUCCCUUCCUUCUCUCCGUCUUGAGUUUAUUCUUCGCGUAAUUUUAUGUCGUAAAUUGGACGUGUGACAUCCAAUCGCAUCGUUUACGAGAUUAAUUCAACGAAAUUCAUUUCUCAAGUAAGAUCCUCUUCUCUUUUCCAACGCGAGAAAACGCGAAAAAGCAGGAUUUGAAGAUUCGGUUUCGGUAUUUUUCUCCAUUAUCAACAUCGAUCAUUUCGUAACCGGGCGGUAUUAACCUCGUCGAUCCUUAAUCCCGGAUGAGUCUCCUUGGAGGUUUCCCUCCUACGAUUAGAGAAAUGAAAUAGCCGAUAAAUCCAUCGUUCUCAGGAUUGACAAAUGUCAUUAAUUAUCUGGGAUCUCUUCAACAUUCGCAUAUUACAUCGUCUUUGGAAGCUCCUUUCUUCUUCUUUUUCCUCCGUUAAAACUUCUCUCGUAUCUUUUUUUAGAUAGAAAUUGGAGAAAGAGAUACGAUAUGGAGAAAUUAUUGGGGUCCGUGUCGUUCGAAAUUUUCGAUUCGCGGAACAACCCUUUAGCAACGAUUUUUAAAGCGUCUUCUCGCACCAACCAAUGGAUUUCGUAUCUCGGGAUUCCCUCCACGACGGUUUCCAUCCUUAUAUUUUCCAGAACAACUCUCCCUAUCCAGCCUCGAAAGCUUUCUUAUCGGGGCCGGCCACCACCCCUUCCACAACCCGUUUAACACGUUCAGUCCCAGACGCACACUUUACAAAAUUAGCUUUGUCAGCCCUUAACCAGGUACGUACAGCGAUGGUCCGGGCUCCAGAUGGUCAAGAUACAACUCGAGGUCCCCCUCAUUUCAACCCUCUCCAACCGGACAAGGAGAAUUGGGGUCGAGACCAACCCAGUUUUCGCGUCAUCGGACCGACAUCUUCUCUUUUUUCCUCACCCAUUUAACCGCUUUCAAACCACUUAUUUCCCUUUUCCUUUUCCUUUUCGUUUUCCUUUCGGAGGAAGGAUCGUUCACAAUUCUCUCUUUUUCUCUCUUUCUGUCUUUGUGGAGAUAUCUUUGCCAGAAAGAUGAAUAAAAUUUCGAAAUCUACGAUUAAUUAUUCGAAUUAUUGAAUCGUGGUUCCUUUUCUUUUAAACAGUCACGUGUUCGUUCGAUCAUCUUAGUACGAGAAAGAUGUCAACUAUUUGUUGAAUCCAACGCAUCGAUACGGAGAGAAAUGAUCAAGAAAAGGAAGGAAGUAAGAAAAAGUGUGCGUCGAGUUGCGUUUCGAAUUGAUUUACAAAGAGACUGUAAGUAAGAGAGAAAAUAACGAUGGAACGAAAUUUUUGAAUUCAAUUUUCACGUUGCGUAACUUUUGAUAAAAAAAAAAUAAAAAUAAUAAUAAAAAAAAUGAUCCAAGUCGCGCGAAAUGAACGAUUAGACAGGGCAAAUAAUUGUUUCAAUUGCAGCCACACUCGAUGCGGCGGUGUUCGUUAACGUUGAACAAACUCGUUUCGCGUGGCCAUCCCGGAACAUUGCACGCUCAGCGUUUCCGGGGCUGCGCGUUAAAAACAUUAGCGACAAUUUUAAACGCUUUCGGCCGGCCAAUUUGAAGGGAAUGCCGAUUGGGCUGUGUGCUCGGCCAAUUUUUCCUAUUUUUUUCUUUUUUUCUCGCGCAAACAUCCCCGUCCAGUCCUCCAAAAAAUCACCAUUAUUCCGCAUCGUUGCGAUUAAUUAAUCCUCGCCGUUCCGAUCGCUUGUUUAUCGCCGAGGGGAGGAGAAGAACAAACCCUCCUUUUCCCUCCCUCUUCUAAUUCCGAUCUGUUUAAAAAUCGAAAUUGCCAUUUCGUCGAAAGGGCAUUUGAAAAAAAUACCCUGGAAAACUCGAGAAAAGAUGGAUUUCAUUGAAGCCCUGGUGAACAAAACCCCGGGGUUUGAAUUCGCUUGAAACAUCCUCGUUAAAAAAAGAACACGAAGCUCUCUCUCCUCAAAGGAGAGAAAUGAAGGAGCAAUCGGUUCCAGCAAUCUGCCGCCCGACUCGUGCAUCUUGGCCAGCCACGAAUUGCUUGUUAUUUAAAAAAACGGAGAGGCGAGGAAGAGACGAAGAUCCUCUCCUUUAUUUACGUACGAUUUUCGCUGAAAGCGGCGCGAUACGAUUUUUCCGUCAGACGCAAGAAUCGAGAAGAUCGAGGGCGGAAGAAAGAAAGAAAGAAAGGAAGGAAGAAAGAGGAAAGAGAAGGAAGAAAAGACUUAAAAAGACGCGGCAAAGGUAAUCCCUCUCCCUCCUCUCUAUUCCUUCCUCCGAAAGCUUAAAUUUACCACGAGCAUUAACUUACCGAAAUAGUACACACAUACAUGCGAAUACGCGGGGGCGUGAUUCUUCCAGUCGAAAGUAAUUUCUCUUGUGAUAACAACCUCCCUGUGGGGCAACGCUCGCUCAUGAGAAUUACAUCUCCGCGACCGGUUCAACCGGAAUAAACGCUUAUGGCACACUUUUUCCCUCCUCUCCUCCCUCCAUUCCAGGAGAGGUCUCGAUCGACAGUGAUACUUCGACGAAUCUUAAUAUUCCGACGAUGAUCGUCGUCGAGCUAAUUUCCUCCUCGACGGAGAGAGAUCGUUUGUUGUUAUCGAGAUGAUAAAUUUUUAGAGAAUUUUUAAAGAAGAAUGGAUUUCGCGAAAAAAAGAAAUUUCCAUGGACGGAUGAUGGGGGAACGUGAUUGAUCGCGUUUCCGACCAGGCGAAAGAAAGGUAAGGGAGAGAUUUUUUUUGCAAACGACUCGAACUUCCUCUCUUUACUUUGGGAAAUUUUCCUCUUUCGAAAGAAUCGGCACGCUUCUUCCUUCCAUCGCGUGAAAACGUACGAUCGAGAACGAAAGGUUGUUGGGUUUUAAAGAUUGGAGCAAGGUUGUCGAGAGGAUCGAAGAUCCAGAUUUUUCACAGUCUCGAAGAUUUUACGGAGAUUUAAUUGCGACGCAUCAUCGUCGAUGAUGUUACAUUACACGUAGAAUAUGAAAAUUGAUGCGAUCAAGUAGUUUUCGACGUGUAACAAAAGCUCUGGUGUCUCAUUCCAAUUUUAAAUCAAUUGACAUUUUAAUCGAUAAAUUACAGCAUCAAUUUUUCAAAAUGAAACGAAACGUGCACACACACGUGUAAGCCACUGAUUGAAUUUAGUGUCGAUACUUUUUCAUCAAUUUCGAAACGAUUCCAUUUGCAAAAAAGGAUCAUUCUUUUUUUCUUUUUUCCUUUUUUUUUUUUUUUUUUAGGACAUUAGAGAAAUGAAUUUUUCCCGUAUCGCUUUCAUUCAUUCGAUAACACGUAUGAUAUCACCCUCCUCUAAAAUGGCCCAUAUUUAUCGGGGUUGAGCACCAAGUUAAACCCUCUCCGCGAUACCGUCGAUCGUUGGCGCGCUUGACGUUGUGCAAACUCAUAAUCGUUCCGAUUCGCGAGUCCUCAAAGCAACCCUCGAACUUUCCCGCCAUAGAAGGGAAACUUGUUUGACGCGGCCUAAGGCGGUUCCAAGUCUCACGUCAAGGAUUUUGGACAGUGCUUAAUGUUGCUCCACUUGCGACUGCAAUAAGUCUUCGAGAUACAUCUUCGAAAUCCAUCCCUCAAUUUGUAAUUAAUCACGCUCCGAAUCAUUUCAGAUAUCGAACAAAUCAUUCCUCGUAGAAAAUAUACAAUUUUUAUACACAUUCUUUCUUUUUAACUAUAUACAUACUAUGAUGAUCUAAUCUCUCAUACUUAUUUUCGAUUCUUCUUCUUCUUCUUCUUCUUCUUUCCAUUAUUUUUUACUUUUCAUUUUUUUAUCGUGACCUCCUCUUUUCUUCAUAUUUUAUUUACGAUUAUUAUUUUAUCUCCCCGUACGAGUGAAUUUCAAAAUAUCUUUCACAAUUUGUACAACAGAUAGAUAAGAAAGAAACGAGAAACUUGUUUGGAUUCGAACCUCGAGAGUCAAACUCAUUUCCAACUCAUCACUCUGCCAACGAUCUUAUUAUUAUCAAUAAUUUCCAUUUCCUCUCUAAAUUUCGCAAAUAUUCAUAAACGUAUGUAUCCGCGGUUGAUUAACGAUGAAAUUUCCUACCAUCCCUAUAAUAAUAAUUCUUCGAAAUUCGGUUUAGCGAAUUAAUGGGGCGGCUCGUCCCGUUAUUAGCUUCCCUGUAAUUCGCGCGAGAUAAUUUAGUUCUUAAGUUACAUUAGCUACACCCAUUUUACAUCUGUUCUCCGCCUUCCGCCCAACGGAAUCUCAACGGCAAACAAAAGGAUCGUAUCCAUUUCCCGCAGAUCUCGUAACUCGUGACAUCCCCGUAGGGAUAUAUUCUGCGCGCACGCCUUACCGGCACACUACGUGAUUCCGUUGUUUGCCAGUCAACCGAAACUCGUCGCUUUAUUUAAUUAAAAGCCGGAGAACCACUUUUAACGGAAAUGAUAAAUCACGUUUAUUAUAAUGCCGUCAGUUAUUUCACACAGUCGUGUAUGACGAUUCAUAGCACGCUUCAUAAAUUCGACCCGCUCUCGAUAGAAAAUAUAAUAGAAACGAAUCCUUCUUCGUGCAACAUGCGUGUCUGAUCCUUAUUUAUUUAUCAUUAUCGGAAAGGAUAAUAAUCUUUUUCCUUUCCAAAACAUUUCCACUUCUUAUCCUGAGAAAAAAGAAAACUGAAUCGAUAAAUUAAAAAAGAAUUUCUUCUUUUUUCAAAAUCCAUCACUCAUUCGAUGAAAUCUCGCUCGAUCGAUCGCUGGAUCAUCCUCGAGUUUCUCUCCUAUUGUCCGAUACGAUUUCUUCUCAAUAUCUUUCCGAUGUUAAUAUCGAAUUGAUUAUUGAAUUAUUCUCUCAUCCAAGUUUCCCCUUCCACUCGAGAGAUGAGGAUUCCAUUUGAUGUUUCCCCAGAAAAUUUUAAUCGAAUCUCCCCGCGAGAGUUUAACGCAACCAUGGAGAAAGGGAAGAGAGAGAGAGGAGAGGAUGGUUAAUCCUCGAAAAUUUUGAUCCCUUCGUUCGUUCGACGAAGCCACCGAAAAGGAUCUUGGAUCUGAAAUUAGAGAUAGGGCGGGGCUGGAGCUUGUGAAUACCAACCAUCGGCCGCCAUCUGCGAACCGUUGGCCGAACAAUCUUGGGAACUGCGGCUCGUGCAACGCGGACUGCAAUAGUGCCGCGCUCCAAUCUUUAAAAACGGAAUUUUGUACGUUCUCCUCUCCUUUUUUUUCAACCAUUCUUGAUCGAAACGAAAUGUUAAUACCGUUUUUUCUUAAAUUGGGAAAGCUAUCCCAUCAUUUCUUUUACCACCCUUAAGAAAAAUUCCUUGCUUAAAUUCCACCUUUCGAUUCCAGAAAACGAUCGGCAUAAUUUAAACUCAAAACAAUUAAAAAAUGAUCAUCAACGUUGAAAAGAGGGAGGAGGGGAUGACAUCGUCUGAAUUCCAGCAUCCGUUUUCCGUUUUCGAGAAAAACGUGCGGCCAGGUUCCAGCACGGUGAAGUCGAACGUCGUAGAACGGAAGACGUACGAGCGUUGAGAAAUUGGCGAGGUUGGUGAAUUCGCAAAUAUAAUCAAUGAUGUAUCCUCGCCCCGUGUUUCCAACUUCGGCCCAGAUAUCCAACAAAGCCCCCGCGGCGUCGUGGCCGGGGUUUCCCAUUUGGGCGGAGACACGCGCAAAGUACUGGAGAAUAAUUACAAGUUCGUUCCAUUGAAUCCGGAAUGCGCUAAACAACGCGGAAACAGCCGCAUUGCGAUUCGAUGAUUAAUUCAAUCUCGGGCUAAUGCAUACUGAUCCCCUGCUGUGCGCGAAUUGAAUUGUUUUAAAUGCCUCCCCCCUCCUCGCCUCGCCGACCCGAUGAUAAACGCGUGGCCCGACCCGGAGGAGAUUUUGCAAAUUUACGGAAAUGAUAGCCAGAGAUUCUCGCACGAAAAUGUUUGGACGAGUCGCGAGAGAUAGGGAUUGAAAUUCAACUUGCCGCGAAGAUGUAACAUUAAGAUUUGGAAAUUUAAUCCUCUUUUUCUUUUUUCAAAGAUUCAAUCUUUGAGAAAGUUUCUUUCGCCCAGGGCGGGUAAACUUGUUCUUCCGCUUCGCAUCAAAAAUGUAGCGGUAUCGCGCGAGUUUCUAUUCGCGUGUACGCGCGAAUAGAAUUUAGUUCUAUUAACAAUUACGCAAUUUAUUAGACCGCUGUAAAACUGUAAAACUCCGUUGUGGUAUCCGUUUCUUUUUUUCUUUCCUUUUCUUCUUUUAACGUCCUGCCAUAUAUAUAUUAUAAAUCGUUAAAGCCAGUCUCGUUCGAGAUUUUAAGCCGUAAGAGACUUGUCGUUUCGUUUCGGGGGAGAAGCGAGUUUAAGCUCGAUUAAGAGAUUUCGAGGAGUCUUUAAACAAUUCUUGUCGCUUCUUUUUUUAACUGGCGUACUAUAAACGAUUUAAACGAUUUAAUUCUUCUUGCCUUCCGUUAAAUACGCAGUGUUUCGAGACGAAUGAUAAUUUUGUAUCCACGAAAUGACGCGUCGUACAUCCUUCAAACGUUCUCCACCGCUGACGAUGUACGUAGCGGUCGUGUGCUACCUCACCCCGUGGGUAUCCGGAGUGAAAAACAUCACCCACGGGGUGGCGAGACACCUUAGAUCUAUUGGAUUUCCCGAGGGCAGCGGCGCAGGGAUAUUCUUCGCCCUUGGAGUGCCCGUCGACAUUCCCGACAAAUCGGUGCUAUUCUCUCUGUAUUUCGAAGCGAAUUACGUGCUCCCAGGUGAGUGGAGCUCCAAUUAUUAUUGGGACGAGUCGGGUGGUCUCGAAAAACGGAGUCUGGAUCGACGGCUGGCUUACGAUAUUCUUAUUAGCAAAUUGGAAAGUUUCGGUUAUUCCGGGGAAAAUUGUCUGCGAAAAAUGAUCUGCGAAGUUGCCAACUUUCCUCUAACUAAUAAUGGCGUGCUCGGCGAUGUCCUGCAAAUUUUAUUUACGCCAUCCUCUUCGCAAGAUGAAAAUCUUCCGAGCGAGAUCACCGAGGCUGAGUACGCGAAAGAUUGCAAUAACCGCUAUAAAAAAUGCCCUCAAAGUCCAUUAGCCUUGAUAAGGUAUCGUGAUCUCAACGAUAAUAGUUAAAAAAAAAAAAAAAAAGCCACGGUUAUUAAACGCAAUCUUCAUAAUUCGUGGCACGGUUCGUGGCCUGUCGUCCGAUAAUGUCGUCUCGUAAAAAAAAACAAGAUUCUUACAUCUCUAAGAUAAAUAACAUUUAUCAACAUCGAACGAUACAUACCAUUUUUUUUUUUUUUUUUUUUACAACAAUAUUGUAAUAUUUAUUAAAUCAGAGAAAAUACAUGCGUCUUUCCUCUCAUUUUCGUAUUCGCAUGAUUCGUUUCUCGUUUUAAGGAACAUUUCGACAUUUAAUAAAAGCUCCAAUCGAAAAAUUCACGAGACAUGGUACGAAGGCUGUUCAUUUAAAAAGAGAAAAGGGAGCAACGCAAUUUAUAGUAGUUCUUUCUUAUAUGUAUAAAAAAAUGAAGCGUUUAAAUUAUAAUUGUAACUAACAAUGAUAAGAGAUUGAAAAUGAUCGAAGUAAAAAUACUUAAGAACUAUGGAAGAAGAAUAUUAUCGAAAAAAAAAAAUAUAUAAAUAUACGCGAAGCAAGUUGUUAUAUAAA